UUAGUUCAAAUCGCGCUUGAGGAUGGACCGACUUUUAAGAAGCAUCAAAUUUUUAUUUAUUUUUGGAAUUUUCUUAAGUUUCGAAAAUCAAUUUAAUGUUUCUGGUGCAAAAAUCCUCGCAAUAUUCCAAGAUCCAUCAUACAGCCAUGAGUUGACAUUCCAUAAGAUUCUUAAAGCACUUGCUGAUCGUGGACAUCAUUUGACUAUUUUUGGUGCUCAUACAUUUGAUUAUCAGAACAAUCCGAACGUGACUCAGCAUGUUUUUAAAGAUUCAGUCGAGAAUUAUAAAAAAAAUUUUAAUGUCACAUAUGUGGAACAGACUAAGACGACUUGGAUGCGACUAUUGCUGCAAUAUGAAGUUCAAACAUUUUAUGAGCUUACAAGAACUCAAAUUGGACAUCCAGAAAUGCAGAAAAUUAUCAAAAAUCAUGACAAAAAAUACAAAUUUGACGUGAUUAUUAUGGAAUAUUAUUUCUAUAAUUUGGCACUGCUUGCUGAGAUUUAUGACUGUCCAAUUAUUGCAUUUGCUGCAUCAGAGCCAGCUAUAGCAAAUCAUGGAUUAAUGGGAAAUGAUGUCAAUCCAGCAAUUUAUUCAGAUGCAACCAGAUUCCCGUACUUACAUGGUCAGUUGUCAUUCAGCGAACGCGUCAGUUCCGUUGCUUAUUAUUUCACAUAUUAUGCAAUUUUUGUUGGAAUUGUCUACAAAUAUUAUGUCAAUCAAAUUGCAUCAGAAUAUCCAAUUAAUGGAACUACAAAAGAUCCACUUGAUGUCCUUAAUGAUCGUCUUGCACUGCUCGUAGCUAAUACAAGUCCUGAAUUUGGUCAUGUCCGUGCAUUGUCACCUUAUACAAUUCAAAUUGGAUUCUUUCAUGUUGAGGAUCCGAAGGAAUUGACAAACUUUGAAGUUAAAGAGUAUUUGGAUGCAUCCAUAAAUGGUGUCAUUGUCAUGAGUUUUGGAUCAAAGAUUAAAACGGCAGAUUUAGGAAUCAAAAAUGUCGAAAAGUUCCUCAAAGCUUUUAAUCAGACCAGCUACGACAUCUUAUGGAAGUUUGAUGAAAUAAUCGAUCCCGAAAAAGUUCCAAAAAAUGUCAAAUUGACCAAUUGGAUGCCACUUUCUGAUGUCUUAGCUCAUCCAAAUGUCAAAAUUAUCAUUCAUCAUGGUGGACUGCUGACUUCCUAUGAAGCUAUUGUCCGAGAAGUUCCACAAAUUAUUUUCCCACUCGUCUACGAUGAAGGCGCAAAUGCAAAGCUUCUGGUCAAGAAAGGAGUCGCGAUGGAGCUGAACAUUAAUACUUUUGAAGAGACAAUGCUGACUGGUGCCAUUGAUAAGGUUGUGUCAUCGGACUUCCGAGAGAAUAUCCGUGUGCUUAGAUAUAAUGUCAAUGAUCAAAUUAUCGAUCGAAAGGAGCUCGCCGUGUUUCAUAUUGAAAAAGUUAUAAGGCACAAAAAUGAGAAAAUUUAUAAAUUCAAGUUAAAUCCAUUCGCGAGCUUCUUUCAUCGACAUUUACUUGACAUAUUUACAUCCACAGCUGUUGUCAUUGGAACUGUUUAUUUUAUUGUUAAAAACAUUAGAAAAUAA